GAAAAAAACACGUGGGGCGGGGCCGGAAGGCUUCCGGAAGUGACGCAAUCGAGUACACGCCCACCGCGCGGUGUCCCGUCACUCCAGCCUCGAGCCCGCACGCGCGCGUGUUGCUGGUUUCUGCACAUUCAAACCAUUGUUACCUAGCAAUGGCCACACCCAGUGCACCUCCACCCGAAUAUUACGGCAACAACCAGCCGGGAUACCCUCCUCCGUAUCAGCCGGGCGCGUACUCCAACCCUGGCGUGCAGCCUGGAAACUUUCAGCCACCAGCAGGCCAGCCAUGGGUGUACCCGGUCCCACAGCCCGGGGGAUAUCCCUCCCCCCAGCCGGGGGGAUACCCACCACCACAGCCUGGGGGAUACCAUCAAUCGCAGCCUGAAGGGUUGUCGUCCCCCCAGGGGGGAGGUUAUCCACCACCCCAGCAGGGGGUCUACCCUGGGUUCUUCCUGCCAUCGCCACAGCAGCAGGGAGGGUAUCCUGGACAGCCGCAGCCACCGUUCGUACCCCCCACCAUACCACUGCACCCGUCCUUUGGAGGCAUGCAGAGUCCUGGGUAUGGUGGGGUUACCAUUGAGGGUGAGGAGGAUGGGGAUAUGGGCACCUGGGAUGAUCGUAAUGUGCGCCGUGUGUUCGUCCGUAAGGUGUACACCAUCCUGAUGCUACAGCUGCUGGUCACUUUUGGCAUCGUGGCUGUGUUCACUUUCAAUGAAUCGGUGGAGAGGUUUGUGAGACGGACACCAGCCAUUUACUGGACCUCAUAUGGCGUGUUCUUCGUCACGUACCUGGUGCUCAUUUGCUGUACCAAGGCAAGGAGAAUGUUUCCGCUCAACUACAUCUUGCUGUCUGUGUUUACGCUGGCCAUGGCUUACAUGACGGGGAUGCUAGCCAGUUACUACAGUACCAAGUCGGUUCUCAUGUGUCUGGGCAUCACGGCAAUGGUGUGUGCAGCAGUCACCCUCUUCUGCUUCCAGACCAAGUUUGACUUCACAUCAUGCCACGGCCUCAUGUUCGUAUUGUCCAUGGCUCUCCUCCUCACUGGGCUGGUGGCUGUCUUCACUGUGCCAUUUGGAUACAUCCCCUGGAUACAGACGGUAUAUGCAGGCCUGGGCGCUGUGGUUUUCACUUUGUUCCUGGCCUUCGACACACAGCUGUUGCUGGGCAACCGGCGACACUCGAUCAGCCCCGAGGAGCAUGUUUAUGGCGCGCUCAGCCUCUACAUGGACAUUGUGUACAUCUUCACUUUCAUGCUGCAGCUCUUCGGUACCCGCGAUUGACUGCCGUCUUAACUCCUCCACUUGCCAUGCCCUGCCACCUGCGUACAAGGUGCAUGCCUGCUGGUCAGUCCGUCAGUUGAUCAGGUGUUGUCAUGUGCAAGCAUAAGUAGCAAUUGCCGGUACUUACUUCCCCUCAUUCACCCACUCCAGUUGUUCCUGGCCAAUACUUUCGACCACCAGAGGGGAGCUUGUGUAUAAAAUUGUCUUCAUUCGGGUGUGGUAGUAAAAUGUAUGUUAGUAUAUGGCAUUGUCCGAUGGGAGUUGUGGUGAGCCACAUGUAUAGUUUGCAGGAUGUAGUGCUAAUGUUUAAGUCUCGGUAUUUAUACUCUAGAGAUAUUAUUGUUCAGAGAUUUAUGCAAUGCUUGUCAUUCAUGCAACUGGAAUAAGCAAGUAUAUAUAUCUCCAACAUACCAGCAUUGUGAUUACAGCAUUUGUAAAACAUGCAGUGUGUUAUUCGAUGUUUAAAAUUUCAAAAAAUGCUACUAGUAGUAGCUUAAGACAUGAAUUGGUUCUGUAGGCUUUGUAUUUUAUGCAGUUGUCCACUUGGUUACAUUUAAUUUAUGACUUUAUUUGUUUGACUUACUGAAGAACGUAUAUGUCGAGAGGGUAGUAGUGCCAUUGAUUAAGUUUACUUAAAAUGCAUACAUACACAUGCAAACUGAAGUAUACCCUUGAGCUUGAAGUGUGCUCACAAAAUAAAUAAAAAACAAAUCUUAGCCUGAUCAAACAUUUUGGUUGCUUGGAACAAAUUCUAAAAUCUUUCCGAUCACUGAUGUUGCUCCUGUGGUGUAUUUUAAUUUAGAGAAAUAUGCUCAUUCGCCCCAUAUCGAAGACCACUGAAAUGAAGGAGGUGACGUUUGAUUUAGUUCGUGAUAUUCAUUUAGCAUCCGUGACCUCGGACAACCCUGUCAGAUCCAUACCCUGUCACUUUUUCCUAGUCAAAUAUAAUUUUGGCAUGGACUUCUGCAAAUAAGCAGCUGUGCAGUGUAAUAAUGAAUCUUAUGUAUAUUGGGGUUUUCUGCUCAUCCAUAGUCCAAGUGCUUUUUUUGGAGGUUUUAAUUUACGAAUGAGCACAACGGUUUAACUAGUAUGUGCUGGUGGUGGGUGUAUGUUAACAAGAUGCUGGGGUGGGACAAUCUGUUUUGCAGCCAGAUUAAAUACACACUGCUAACUUUACUGCCCAAACCUUAUACAUUUGUCAUGAUCAUGAAAACAUUAGUUUUGGCUCACUGUGAAUGUGCACACACCUUUAUUAAAAACUGUACGUAUUAAGUUUUACUGGCAUGUAAUUAACGGCAAUUGCUUUCUUGAUGCCUGACCACCUAUACCUAUCUUAAAUCCCCUUACCCAUUCCUCCCCAGUCCCUAGCAUGAUGAUAAGUCAUUUAAACACCCAGAAGAAGCAGUCUAGUCAACCCAAAGGCUUCAUUUCUUUUGAGAUGGCAUUUUGCCAUCGCAUUUAAGGCAGAGUGUUUCUUGCUUGAAUGGCUUCGCAAGUUUAGGUAUAGCAUGUGUGUGCAGUAGACAACAAAAACUUUUGAACAGACCACUUCAUGCUAUUCAGCUUGGAUCGUCACCCACAUGUGCCAGUGUUUGGGGUGCACAACCCGAUAUUAGACAUGCAUAACAUCCUUACAUCGUGAUGCACUUUGUCAAUUGAGGGUAGAUUUACACUUCUGCAGGCACUGCAUGCUGAUACACUAAAACCAGUCUCAAGACCGAGAUAAGCUAUGUAAACUGUGCAAUGCAUUAUGAAAGUGUUCCUGGUGUAGAUAUGGCAUAGGUUCAGUGAUGAGCAACUCCAGGCCCUUAUGAGCCACAGUCCCACUUUUAACAUCAAUCAACAGGUGGUUGAAUAUUGACUUAAAGCUUUCGUGAUUGCAGGAAUAUUCAUCUGGUCUUUCGGUAAAGUCACGUAGAUGUUUCAAAGAAAAUAACAAACUACGUUUCGUUCACAACACAAGCGAACGUCAUCCUCCUGAUGUCGUAGUUUGUUAUUUUCUUUGAACCAUCUACGUGACUUUACCAAAAAGACCAAAUGAAUUGGUGGUUGAAUGUGAAAAUGUGAAGUGAUGUGUGGAUCAGGAGGCAUGGAGUUGCUUUUGCCAAUUGAAUAUAACAGAGCCCUGUUACAGAUGUGAAAUUUUACUUGAGAUUUUUUUCUUGCCGUAUAGUAUGACUUUAAAGGUAAAGUAUUUUUUGUGGUAGAAAUUAAAUGUAAAUGUAGCAGCUGCAUUUUUAAAUCAGUCACUCGGCUCCAAGAAUAUCAUUCGACAGAUCUGCCCAACUGUUAUCUGUUGUAGUCGUCACACCAUUAUACAUGUUGUGGGGUCCAUAUUGAGACUGAAUGGUGCAGCUUGCUGCAUUUACAUUGGCUGUGCUCAUAUGAAAAUAAUGAGUCAAUGUAAAUAGUCACUGUUAUUUCAAAACUGAUGCUGUGUAUUAAACUGUUGGAUGACUUAA